AUCAGGCGCCCCUACGGUCGCUCUGUUGUGGGGUCCUCGCUGCGCUUCCUGCUCCACGUAUUGAGAAGAAGAUCCUCUCUGACAGAUAAUGACAUUUGUUUCUGUUUAUCACCACGGUGUUUCUCUCUCACGUCCUCCAGUUCACCCCGGCUUUAGCUGAGACACCUUGGAUAUUUGGACUUCUUUUUGAACGGAAACAAGAUGUCUUGGUUUGCCGAUUUGGCCGGGAAAGCUGAGGACUUCCUGAACAAAGUGGACCAGGGAGCUGCCACUGCGUUGACCAUAAACCAGGAGAGAGCAUCCUCCUUUUCCUCCUACGAACCAGAAUCAACCGUCAAGCCUGAGUACAACCCUGCAGGUUUCAAGCCCCAUGCACCUGCAGCUCAUCAUGCAUAUGCAUCCACUGAUGAUGCUCACAGCUUCGUCUCUGCAGCAGCUGCAAACAUUAAGAGAUCCGGUUCAACCCUGCUCGGUGCAGCAAACACCUCCAGUGUCCUCUCUGGUUCUGGAAGCAGCGCCUCCACCUCCGCCAAGACCUCGUCCGGUUUUGUGAGGCGCAAGAAGAGCGAGCAGGACGUGGACGACGACAUGCUCUUUGACUUUCUGAACAGCUCCGACCCUGCGGACAGCGGCAGGAGGGAUUCGAGAAGAGAGCUUGUGAAGGUGGGGGUUCCUGUUACAGAGGCCCAGAGCACGACGCCUCCUCCCUCCUCCACCCCUCUCUCUCUCCCCUCGGCCCCAUCGACGCCCCCCUCCACCCGGGGAGUAUCGCGGGCCUCCAGCAUGAGCUCACUGUCGGCUCACAGCAUCAAGACAUCAGACGAGAGCUCCGCUAGAGAACAGGGCCAAGACACACCUGAGAGCUCAGACUCCGGCUUGGCAGUUCCUCAGGAGUCCAUCAGACAGGAGCCUCCUCUUCCUCCUCUUCUUCCUCAUCCUGCUGCUGCCCCCCCCGCAGAGGAGCCUCAGAGCCAGAUCCUAUCCAGCCUGCGUCUGGAGAACCAGCUGCUGCGGAGCGAGGUGUCCUCCCUUAACCAGGAGAUGGUUUCAGUGAUCCAGAGGGCCAAAGAUCUACAAGACGAGUUGAACCAGGCUCGUCUCCGGGCAGACCGGUGGAACUCGGAGCAGUCUCAGAGCGACCGGAUGUUACGAGAGCUCCGGUCGAAGGUCGACGAUCUCACAGAAGCACUCUCCGCUAAAGACGCUCAGCUGGCCGUCCUGAAGAUCCGCCUGGACGAAGCCGAUCAGAUGCUGAAGUCCCGCAGUGCCGCUCUAGAGGAGGCGCAGAACGAACGCUCGAGGAUCAUGAUGGACCACACAGAGGGCAGCAGCAUGCAGUCUCAGGCUCUGGAGACGAUCCAGGAGAGGCUGCGGGAGGCGGAGCUGUCCGUCAGGAGGGAGCAGGACAACUACCGGCAGAUGCAGAGUGAGUACGCCAGCCGCCUCUCCAAAGUGGAGUCUGAGCGGCAGACGCUGGCAGAGACGGUGACGGCAGCAGAGCGGCGAGCAGCGGAGGAGAGGCUGCGAGUCGACGACAUGCAGACGCAGCUGAAGAGCACCAAAGCUGCAGCCGAGGUCGCCAAGAUGGAGCUACAGGACUACAAGCACAAAGCGGCACGCAUCCUGCAGUCCAAAGAGAAGCUGAUCAGCAGUCUGAAGGAGGGCUCCGGUCUUGACACGAUGGACGGCAGCGGGGGGGCGGCGGCUCUGGAGCUCGAGGACCUGAAGCACGAGAGGGAGCUGCAGAAAGAGGACAUCCAGAAACUGCAGGGGCAGCUGCACACACUGCGGAUAGAGAUACAGGAUCUGGAGAACCAGGCGCUGACGGAGGCGGAGGCGUGGCGGGAGCAGCAGCUGCAGCUGGAGGAGCAGCAGGCCUUCCAGACCAGAGCCAAGAAGGAGGCGGAGGCCGAGGCCGAGCGUUACAAACAGGAGCUGCAGUACCUGGAGGAAGAGCAGCACCGAGCCAAAGCCACGCUGCAGAGCAGGAUCAAAGACCGAGAGGAUGAGAUCCAAAAACUCAGGAACCAGCUGACCAACAAGGCUCUGAGCAGCAGCAGCCAGACGGAGCUGGAGAACCGACUGCACCAGCUGACGGAGACGCUGAUCCAGAAGCAGACCAUGCUGGAGGCUCUGGGGACAGAGAAGAGCUCUCUGGUGUUUCAGAUGGAGCGGCUGGAGCAGCAGCUGAAGAACCGGGAGGGGGGGCAGAGCGGGGGGCCCUCCAUCAACAUGAGCGGCCUCGAGGGACCAGCACGGCAGAGAAACACCCCAGUCCUCUUCAGUGAUCAGGACAGUCCCGGGGUUUACGGAAUACGGAAAGCAGCGAGCACCAUCGACCGCUUCAGUAUCAGACUGGGUAUCUUCCUGAGGCGUUACCCCAUGGCCAGAGUUUUCGUUAUCCUCUACAUAGCGUUGCUGCACCUCUGGGUGAUGGUUGUCCUCCUGACGUACACACCAGAGAUGCACCACGGUCAGCCUGAUGGAAGAUAAGAGGAUUUUAGAGUUGGUUAUCCUCCCUUCGCUGUGAGGAUGAUAGAUGCUGCUGGGUGUUGGGCUCUGGGUCCUGACUCUCCCUGUUUUGCACAGAAAUGCUAGGAAUUAAAAGACAUUUCCUCCAAUUUAUUCUUUAUUUUAUACAAGUGAAGAUCGAUAGCUGACAUUGAGUUUUAAAAUGAGUAAUUACAGAGGGAUUAUAUUAUGUGGACGGUCUGCUGAAAGGACAUUAAAUCAAAAGGGUGAUUUCACAUCUGUUUUCUCUGCUCCUGCUUUCAGACCUCUGGCCUCCUGAGAGAUUGUAUUUAACAUUAUGUAAAAAAACUACUUUUAAUAAACGAGUUAGAAGAAA